AUGUUAAACUUUCUUUUUAACUUCACAAUUCUUCUUCAUUGGCUCGCACUUCUUUUUUUCUUUUUCUUCCUUUCAUCCUUUAAUUUUAUCUCUCUUUCUUCUUUCUCUCUUUCUUUCUUUUUCUCUUUUUUAUCUCUUUUACCCCUUUCUUUCUCUAUAUCUUACUCUCUAUUGCUUUUUCUCUUUUUCUUUCUUUAUUUCUCUCUCUCUUUUUCUUUCUAUCUUUCUCUCUUUCUGUAUUUCUUUCUUUUUUUCUCUCCUUUUAAUUUUUACUCUUUCUUUCUCUCUUUCUUCCCUCCAGUCUUUCUUUUCUCUCUGUCUCUCUUUCCUUCCGUCUUUCUUUAUUGCUAUCUCUUUCUUUCUUUCAUUUUCUUUCUCUCUUUCUUUUUUCUUUCCCUCUUUUUUUCUUUCAUUUUCUUCCUUUCUUUCAUUUUCUUCCUUUCUCUCUUUCUGUAUUUCUUCCUUCUUUCUCUCCUUUUUUUUAUUUUUCUCUUGCUUUCUCUUUUUCUUACCUUCAGUCUUCUUUUUCUCUCUUUCUCUUUUUCCUUCCGUCUUUCUUUCUUUAUCGAUAUCUCUUUCUUUCUUUCUUUCUUUCUUUCUUUCUUUUUAGUUUCCACCACUCAAUCAAACCGAAAACUUUUCCAUUACUUCACAGCCUUUUCUGUCAUUUUAGUUUUACUAAAACUCAUUCGCCCUCCCCAAUCCGACCCCGCCUCGCCUUCACCCUUCCCAAAGACUUCAAGCGCCGCCGCCGCGCUGCCUAAUGAACGUUUGAGCCAUACAUAUCUUCUCCGCCCACUGACUUUCAGAUGGCCUCAUUUUCAUCUACAAACCCCACAUCAAUUAUAUCUCGGUUUCUUUUUUUCUUUCCUUUCCUCUAUAACUCUCUUUCUUUCUUUCUUUCUUUCUUUCUUUCUUUCUUUCUUUCUUUCUUUCUUUCUUUUUAAUCUCAUUUUGAUUACGUCUUUCUUUUUUUUGUCCUUUCCUUUCUUUUUUGUUGACUUCCUCUUCGUCUUCACACUUUCUUCUCACUCCUCUCACCCCCUCUCUCUCUCUCUCUCUCUUUUCAAAUUCAUUUGUUUUACUUUUUCCUCUGUUAAUAAACAGAGAAAGACCCGUCUUCCUUUCUUUCUUUCUUUCUUUCUUUCUUUCUUUCUUUCUUUCUUUCUUUCUUUCUUUCGUCCUUCAUUUCUUUCUUUCUUUCUUUCUUUCUUUCUUUCUUUCUUUAAUACCCUUUCCUAUCAAUUCAUUUCGUUUUAUUUCUGUCUUUAUUUCUUUUUACCCUCUUUCUUUCUAUUUAUCACUCUGUCUAUCUUCUUUUCUAUCUCUCUCUCUCCUUUUUUUAUUUACUCUUUCUUUGUUUUUUUUUUUUCCUGUCUGUCUCUUCUGUUUUUACCUUUUCAACAGCGUAUUUUUUUUAGUCUUCCUACCGUUCUUCCACGCGCUUCGUCUUGCUUUCAUUUACACUGCUACAGUUUUUUUUUUCUCAGUUUUCCUCAAUCCCCAACUCCAUCUUUCGGCGCCUCCUUUGCACCUCAAGUCUGA